UUUUUUACCCACAUUUCGCAAGAGUGCCCAUCAAGGCCGGGCAGUGCCAAGCGUGAAUGGAUUCGUUAAAUGACCACUUCACCUUUCAAACUCAAUCAGCUGCAGUGUUUCGAAGGGGAUCUGGGAAAGUUGGGACCGGGGCCUUGCAUGCAUGCCAGUGCGAGUGUGCAUGUGGAAUUUGAUGUGGGAGGAAACGACUGCGACUGCGACGACGAUCCAAGGAAAAAAGCAACAUCACAAACAUGAUCCGCGAGUCUGAAACUUGGGGAUUGGACGAUACGUUUUAACGUACCAGCCUAAGCAAGGUCUAUGACACGUCGCGAUAUUAAUAUUUAGGUGGCGAUUGAUGGGGAUGGAAUAGAGGUGAUAAAAAGACCGGGAAUGUGGGUCAUGAGGGUCAUGGGGGUAAUAACGCGUCUCCUGAGAG